CGUUCUGGGGUUCCUGGGGGUCAAAGAUGCAGUCCAAGAAAGUUCUAAAAAUAUAUCAUGAGGUCCAACCUGGUAGUUGACCUAUCUAUGGAAAGCCUCCUUGAAUCCUCACUGGGUCAGACCAUACUGGCAUUCUUAAAAACUCUUCCUAUCAAAAAGUAUCAAGAGUGAAAAUAUAAGAUAUAUACCUACCACUUCAAGGAAGUUCCUGUACCAGCCAACAGUCUAGCACAUUAGCUUGCUGCUUUGAUCAUCAAGCUGACAUACUCAAGCUCAGCACAGCAGAGGAAAAUGUGUCUGUAUCAAUAUUUUUCACAUUCUGUAUGUGGCUCAUUAGUAGGUCAUGAAAUCAGUUUUAUGAGCCACAGUGAAAAAAAUUUUAAAACAAAAUAAAAUAUAAAGUAUCAAGUGAAUCCUCUGUCAGAAUUGUGCUCCACAGAAUCCUCUGUGGAAUACUGAGGUCAAUUUCAAUAUGUGAAAAGAUAGUUAAUGGAGGGCAUAUAAUGAAUAGAACGUAUACUGGCUAAGAAACGGUUUUUCAGUCCUUUGUCCACUUGUGUCUUCUUCAGUUUUCAUAAGAAUAAAGUUGGUGAGCAGUCUAGUUUUAUGUUACCAUGACUUGCAACUAGAUGUGAAGUCUGAAAUGUUCAACUGAGAUACGUUUUGCAAACUGCAUUUUUUUGAAAGAUGUUAUCUAGGAUAUAUGUAUAUAUUAUUAUUAUUAUUAUUAUUAUUAUUAUUAUUAUUAUUUUGGUUAGUGGCAGUUAAAACAUUUUAAUCAAUUACUUUAAAAUGGAUCAUAUCUUUUUUAAAAGAAAGAGGAAAAGUGAAGUGAAAUAUGCAGAAGCAUGUUCAAGUUCAACUGCUGGACCUGGAAAUGUGAAUAGUGACAAUAUUGAGAAAAAUAUUGACUCUAAUUUGCAAACUUCAACUUCGUUUGAGCCACAUUUCAAAAAGAAAAAAGUAAGUGCAAGACGUUAUAAUGAAGAUUAUUUAAAAUAUGGUUUUAUCAAAUGUGAAAAACCCUUUGAAAAUGACAGACCUCAGUGUGUUAUUUGUAAUAAUAUUCUUGCAAAUGAAAGCUUAAAACCUUCAAAAUUAAAAAGACACUUAGAAACUCAGCAUUCUGAACUUAUUGAUAAGCCUCUUGAAUAUUUUCAAAGAAAGAAAAAAGAUGUAAAGCUGUCAACACAAUUUCUUGGUGGUUCUACCACCAUUAGUGAGAAAGCCUUAUUAUCAUCAUACUUGGUUGCAUAUCAAGUAGCAAAAGAGAAAAUGGCUCACACAGCUGCUGAAAAAAUAAUUCUUCCGGCAUGUUUGGAUAUGUCCUUGUUCUGGGAAAACAACCACCUUCUUGUCACUAGUUAUGCAGAGAAUGCCCGUCGCUUUGUGCCUGUGUGCAGUGUUCUCUACGGCAGGAUGGGUGACUUUCUGAGCUGGUGUCGACAGGAAAAUGCCUCUGGACUCGAUUACCAGUCCUGCCCUACAUCAGAAGAUUGUGAAAACAACCCUGUGGAUUCUUUCUGGAAAAGGGCAUCUAUGCAGUAUUCAAGGGAUAGUUCUGGGGUCAUCUAUGUCAUGCUGAAUGGUUCAGAGCCAACAGGAGCCUAUCCUGUUAAAGGUUUUUUUGCAGAUUUUGAAAUUCCCUACUUCCAAAAGGAUAAAAUCACACGAAUUGAGAUCUGGGUUAUGCAUGAAAUCGGAAGACCAAAAGUGGAAUCCUGUGGAGAAGGCAGUGUGAAAAUCCUGGAAGAGAGACUGAAGGAAAUGGGUUUUCAGUACAGCUGUAUUAAUGAUCACCUACCGGUGAAGCUCUUGAAGUGUGUAGAUCACAGCACUCAUCCUGACUGUGCCUUGAAAUCGGCAGCAGCAUCUAUUCAAAGAGAAGUCCCACCCCUCUGGUCAGAAUAUGGUGGCAGCCUUAUCACUCCUUUCUUAGUGGCUCUGGCUUCAGCUAUUCAAAUGUAACCAGAAAUUCAGCUAUGCUGUCCUAAUAUCCCCCAGCCCUGAACCCUACCCUUUGCACAUUCAUCCUUCUUGUUCUGUGCAUACCAAGUGAUUCCACUGUCUGAUGGAAAUUCCUACUGGAAAAAUAAUAUCCUGAGAGGGGUUUUCAAUGAUACACAUGCUCGAAAUUUCAGAGACAAGAAAUUCAUCUAGUCCUAUUUAAUAGGUUAAAAUUGCUGGAUUAGAAUUAAAGCAAAUUAUUAGUUUCUUAUUUCAUAAUAGUACAAAGCAUUGAGACCCAGAUUAUUGCUGUAUAAAAAAUAUUUUUAGGAAAUUCUAAUAGAACUAAAUUUUGUAUUUUUUCUGUAUUUUCCUUUAUCCUCAGCAGGACACACUGCAUGCUUAUUGAUAGCUAUAUAAAUGUGUAUAUGCAUAUAUUUGGCAUGCAAAGAUUUAUAUAUAAAGAUGUUCAUUUAGGAGCACCUGGGUGGCUUGAUCAAUUAAGUGUCUGACUUUGGCUCAGGUUGUGACCUCAGGGUCCUAGGAUCGAGUCCUGUGUCGGGUUCCCUGCUCAGCAAGGAUCUGCUUCUCGUUCUCCCUUUCCGUCUGCCCCUCCCCCUGCUCUCUCUGUCAAAUAAAUAAAUAAUUCAAUUUUAAAAAAUGGUUCAUUUAA